GGGUUAACUUCUCGCCUGAUGCUGCCCUACGUGCCCUUGCUUCCACCAUCUCUAUAUUUAUUUAUUUUGCUCUAGGGCCACGAGCACGCGCGUGUGUAUGCAGCGGUAGCCUGUAUAUAAACAAGCUUUACAAAGAGUAUGUGCAUCACUCUUCAAUAUCAUCGUAAGCUUACUAGUAUAGUAAGCAAUACCCAGCCAGCGCACUAACACCCAUAAUGUCUGGAUUUACUGCUGACGAUUUCGACGCCUUCGGUGGCGAGACUUCCAUGGAGCUACAGGUCCAAGAGCUUGGAAUCCCACCCCACAAAGAGCGUGUGUCGAGGGAGAAGCAACUAUUCGCAGAAGCCAAGGCGCGAAUGCUGCAGAAGCUGCAAGAAGACGCACUGAAUUCCUCAGGGUCAGAGACCAAAGUUGGCUACGGAGCUCAGUUUGCUCGCUAUUGAGAAGUGUUUGUUUCUAACGACACGCAUAUACGCGCUAUUUACACACACUACAACCAUCUAUGCGCUGUUUCACGCUGUCGAAUCAUCACAGCCUGGAUAUCCGAUCAGCAACAUACGAUCGCCUGCACACCACACAAGCCCACGAUUACGCAAUCAUUUCCUUCCAUACACCAGUCAGGUGUUAUGUAUUAGGAUUUAUUCUGGGACGACAUUUCACCUAAUUCAAGUUUAGUAAUGUUUAGUAUUAAUGAUUAGUUGCUGUACAGUCAUCGUGCCUGACCGAAAACGCAUUCAAUAGGCAAAUCAGCACUAGCCUCCACGGCUUAGAAGUUGAAUAAACGGGACUGUGCCUGCUCAUCACAGUCCAAUCAUCAACAUACAUUUUCUGUUAACACAUAGCCUUUAGUACUAAAUUGAGAGUAGUCUGUUGUAGACCACAGUAACAGUCACUCGACCAUGUCUUCGGAUCAGCUUCUCUCAAUCCAUUCGACAAACUGAUCGGCGUGUUCCUUUGUAACCGUUGGUUUGUUCGCAGCCAAAGCCUUGACGAAAUCCAUCAGAGUCGCUGCGCGUAAACGCAAGAGGUCCCGGUCAACCUGCAGACACAAAUGGCCGGGGGGAGAAUUAGUGAGCGAUACAUUUAGAGCACAGAUGGCAGAGAAAGAAAUAGAUGGGCACACUUUAGUUUGGUCUAAUGGAUUUUUUUGGUUCCAAACUCGACUGUCGAUGUAAUGAUCAGCAGUACAAGCAUGUAAAUACACGUUUCAGUAGAUUUAUACUUUCUUCGCCUGAAUAAUACUAUCAGUACCAGUCCCUUGUACUUGUCACUUGAUUGCGUUGUAUCUAUCCGUUCUUAUCCGUCCUAUACGAUGAUUA